AUGGCCGACUUCGUUGCUCCUCCUCCCGGUCCUCCCCCGCCCAAGGUUCCUGAGGGCUGGGUGGCACGAUGGAAUGAACAGUACAAAGAAUGGUUCUACGUCAACACCUACACCAAAAAGUCCCAAUGGGAGAAACCCACCGAGCCCGCCGUACCUCCCCGCGAUGAAUCCGCCCCUGCCGGCCCCCCUCCUUCCUAUUCCGCAGGCGACAGCAAACCCAUUGUAAGCGACACCAAGUCCAACAACCCCUACGACAACCCCGCCAACCGCGCCGGCGGUAACGGCGGCGGUCCUUCCUCAUACGAAGACGAAGACGCACGUCUAGCUCGCCAGCUCCAAGCCGAAGAGGACGCUCGCGCCGCCGCCGCCGCUAACCAGCGCGCUCACACCCCUUCCGGUCAACAGUCGCCAUUCCCCUCGCAACUACCGCCUCGUCCUGAGACCAACGAUCGUGGCGGAUCUAAGGGGUCCUUCCUCGGCAAGAUUUUUGGUGCUGCGGGUAAGGGCAAACACUCCGGGUCUUCGUCCCACGGUUACGGCAGUGGGGGUGGUUACCCAGCCCAGAGUUAUUCGCCCGCUCCGUAUGGAGGAUCACCGGCGCCUUAUGGACAGCCUCAGCAACCGAUGUACGGCCAGCAGCCACCCGUUGGCUACGGAGGAUACCCUCAACAAGGUGGUUAUGGAGGAUACGCUCCUCCGCAAGGAUAUUAUGGUGGAGGCGGUUAUCCCCAGCAGCAACAGGCUUACGGCGCUUCCGGGAGGAGCGGUGGCGGCGGUGGCAUGGGCAUGAUGGGCGGUGCGGCGCUGGGGUUGGGCGCGGGUGUCCUUGGUGGUGCGUUGAUUGCUGAUGCGGUCAAUGACCACGAUCAGGAGAUUUAUCAGGAAGGAUAUAAUGAUGGUCAGGAUGGUGAUAUGGACUUUGGUGGUGGUGAUGAUUUCUAA